AUGAAAGGAUGGACUUAUUACGUGGCAAUGGUUGUAGUUCAAUUAGCAUUGGGUGGAUCCAAUAUUCUCAUGAAAGUUUCGCUAGACAGGGGACUCGAUCUACUAGUAUUUGUGGUUUACAGGCAUUUAAUUGCUAUGGUUUUACUAGGACCCUUUGCUUUUGCACUUGAAAGGAAGCAGCGUCCUUCACUUUCACUUUCAAUAUUGACAAAGAUAUUUGUGCUCUCAUCACUUGGCACCACCAUUCACCUUUACCUAUUUUAUGCUGGUUUGGCCUACACUACCCCAACUGUUGCAGGUGCCUUGAGUAAUGUCAUUCCCAGUCUGACGUUUGUCUUGGCUCUUCUUCUUCGGAUGGAGAAACUGAAGAUUACAAGUAUCAGAGGUCAAGCUAAGGUUGCCGGUACGCUUAUUUGCGUGGGCGGUUCUCUUAUAUUUUCCUUGUGGAAAGGAGGGUUCCUUUUAAAAGGUUUUGUGAAGAAACCCUUAAUACACUUGUAUCACUAUGAGGCUGAGAUUAAUUCUGGUCAUGGCAAAGAAAGCUGGAUCAAAGGAUCAAUCUUUAUUCUCACAAGUUACGUUGCAUGGAGUGCAUUUUUAGUUCUCCAGGCUCUCGUUUUCAAAGUGUACCCUGCUCAAUUAUCACUCAAUACUAUGAUUUGCUUCUUCGCCUCUCUGCAAUGUUCUUUACUGGCCCUAUGUUUUGGAAUACAUCCAACUUUGUGGAGGUUGGACUGGAAUGUUCAACUUCUGACCAUUGUCUACUGUGGAGUUGUAAUCUCAGGAAUAGUAUACGUACUUCAGACCUGGUGCAUCGGUAACAGAGGACCAGUUUUUACUGCUAUGUUCAGUCCUCUACUACUUAUUAUCGGGGGAAUAUCGUCCGCGAUUGCAUUUGCAGAGCGGCUUCAUUUGGCAAGCUUGGUGGGAGCUUUCUUUAUCAUUGUGGGACUUUACUGUGUGUUGUGGGGCAAACAGACAGACAAUCAUGUAGCUGAUGAGCAGCCUGGAUCCCAGAACGGCGAGGAGACAGAUAAUAAUAAAAGGCUUGAUAUUUCUGUGGAAGAUGGCUUGGUGAUGAAUCCAGUUUCUAACAAAGGACGUGAACAAUAUGGUAGAAAAGUAAGCCUAGAGUCAUCAAUCAAAGGCUCUUGA